GUCGUACAAGAUGCCUUCUAACUAAGAGUGCUUUGUUUUGUCUUCAUCGGGGCUUUUUCGCACGAAAUAAUUCCAGACAAGAUCAGACCAGUCACCAACCAACCCGCGAGCCAUCAACUCCAGACUCCAAAAUGAUACCAAGAAUACACCUGUUAUACCUUUCUGGAAUGAUUAACUGCAGUGCAAUAUUAUCUAUAUCCAUACACCAGCAAUCUGCGGUAGCGAAUUGCUGAUCUCUUCCUCUUCGUCCGCCCGGCUUCUACCCUCACCUGUCUGGUUAGAUUUGCUGCUGCGAGCUGGGUACGAAUACUGUGGGGAGACGAACCUCCUGAGCCUCAGCCAUGUCGGUCUUCACGUUCGACCCAGACCCCCCGCGGGUUGCCUCCCCAUGGCUGAAGCCAGUGGAUCCUAGCAAUGGUCCAGUUGUUUCUGUGCGGUCAGUGUCGCGGAAAUGGGCAGUGGAGCCAGGUCUAUUGUCAGACUACGGCGUCACCAAACUCGAGGCCGAGCCUCAAGACGGGCCAACCGAGUAUAAGCUUCACUUACUUCUUAGGCCCAGGAGAAACUACGAACGCACCAGCACCGCUAAUCGCAUAUCUGGGUCAACGCAGUCUCGCCCCCCUCCCGACCCCAAGUCGUCAAAGCUGGCACCCGUCUUGGUGGGGUCGUCGACCAUAUCGAUCCAGACCCGCCAGACCCGUCUUGAGCACCUCACCACCCAGCUGCUUUGGAGGCUGCAGCAGUCUUGCCCCUAUCAUUCCAGCUCCGCCGCCGGCGGGCUAGUCGUUCCCCAGCUCCUGGACGAGAGCGUUUCCCUGGAUUCUCAGGUCCAACUGGCCAAGCUUCCACCUGGGCUGGAGGCAUCCAGGGGAGCUUUGUAUGAGAUUGGCGUGGCUGACGAUGGCACUCUUGCCGGCCUCACUAAGGAUGAGAUGGAUGAGAGCCUUUCAACUCUUCGUAUCAUGGCCGCGAGCCUGGGCUGCGCUAUGAAGGUGCUUCGAAUGGUGACUGUCGGGGACUGCGAGUGGGUUGAGGCCAUCGGCCCAGAGGAUGGCUCCUCGCCCCUCGCCCCACAUACUCGGCGGCAAACCAAGCUGUGGGUGGCCGAAGCCUUGGUCACACCUGAUUUAAGUCCUCGAGAUGCACCGCAGAAGUUGUCGCUCCAAUCUAAAUCUCAUCCAUUGUCUCGACUAGGAGAGGACCUAGAUACCCCAAAACAGGGUCCUCUAACGGUAAACCAGCUCCGAGUCACGCUUACGGGCCCGACGACGUCUGGAAAGUCGACUCUCUUAGGCACCCUUUCGACCGGGACUCGGGACAAUGGUCGCGGGAACUGCCGUCUUAGUCUCCUCAAGCACCUCCACGAGGUAGCGUCCGGUGUUACUUCGUCUGUCACACAGGAACUCGUUGGCUACGAUGACGGCAGCAUAAUCAACUAUGCCCACAGCGGAGUUGAGGAUUGGAUUGAUAUCCACGACUUUACAAAGGCUGGCCGCCUCGUCUAUCUGCUCGAUUCUGCGGGACAUCCUCGUUACCGCCGUACUAUUCUUCGUGGCCUUGUGGGAUGGGCUCCGCACUGGACCAUUCUCUGCUUGGCGGCCGAUGGUGCCGAUUCCGCAUCGGCUGCUGGCGCUACAUCCUCUGCCGUCGAUAUACUUGGACCUGCUGCCGCGGGUGUCGACCUGGCAUCAGCUCACCUUGACCUGUGCUUGAGGUUAAGAUUACCGUUGGCUAUUGUUGUAACUAAGCUAGAUUUGGCGACCAAACAGAGCAUGACCGGCAUUCUCAACAAACUUCUGUCAGCGAUCAAAGGGGCUGGUCGAGUGCCGGCGAUACUCAGAACGAACCAAACCAGCCAUACCGAUACGGGCCACGUGUCGACAGCGGACCUCGAGGCUGUGAAGAGAGUCGUGGAUAGCAUGGCGGGGAGCGAGGAUCUGCUUUCGGUCGUGCCCAUUGUGCUGACCAGUGCAGUUGAUGGGCGGGGAAUUGGCUUGGUCCACGCCAUGCUUCAAAGUCUGCCGCUGCCCCCCCGGCCAACUUCGCAAGACUUUGUUGGUGCAGCGCUGAACCCCGAGCAACCGGCUUGUCUGUUUCACAUUGAAGACAAGUUCAGUCUCCCAGCAACUUACUCGUUAGCCACCAGUAUCGCCGAUCAGCACACCGAUCUCGGGACCGUGGUAGCGGGAUAUUUGCGCUUUGGAACCUUGUCCAUCGGCGACAGGGUGAUUAUUGGCCCCUUUCCGCCCGUAGGAGACGAAUCGCGUGACAAAACGCCCGACGAUGCGUCUGGCGCCGACGGACUUUCCAUGUCGCAUCCUUCUUCGACUGAACUCAACCGUAUCGCGGUAAAAAACGCAGUCUCCGCGUCUGCCAUCAAGGGCGAGUGGCACAGCGCGUCGAUUGUUAGCAUCCGAAACCUCCGACUUCCCGUGCAGACCCUCACUGCGGGCCAAGUUGGGUCCAUCGGGAUGAUUUUCGAGGCUUUGGGCGAGUCUGGCAAAGUUAUGCCGGCCUCGACCCCGAGGUUGCGCAAGGGGAUGAUUGUGGCGGUGCCUAGCGAGCACAUGGUCGCGACGGGCCUCUCUCUGCAGGCUGCUAGCGGCUUGACUGCUGUCUUUGAAGACGCAGAGGUGAGGUCCCUGGCAACAGGCAGUCUCGUCAAUAUAUACGUCGCAAGUGUCCGCGCCUCCGCUCGGGUCGUGCGCGUGUCAGAAUCUAAGCACCAACAAGAUGAAAGUAAACUGGCCACAGAAGAUAUUGACGAAAUGUUCAGCCUUAGUGAGGACGCAAAUAUAGACGGCGUCAAACAUACACAAUCAAUCGAGAUGGCAAGCGAAGUAGAAGUACAACUAGAGCUGCUGUCUAACCGGGAGUGGAUCGAGCUUGGGUCUCGGAUUUUUAUACAAGAAGGGGCCAGUAAAGAUAGGUCGGUAUUAGGUGGGUUUGUUGGCAAAGUUGUUGAGAUCAUGGAAUGACCGGGUGGGCGACUUUAAGGCGUGAUUUCUUUUUCGGGCUUGGCCUUUCAAGCAUUUAUGUUUUAGCUCUUUCUUUUUGUUCAGCCCCAUGUUGUUUUCAGCGAAAUUCUUGGUUUUAGAUAACCAAAGACUUGCACCAGUGCGUACAUUUCAUAGCUACCAAGUGCUAUUAUCCACGAGUCAGUUGUAAUCAAAAGUCGGCGAAAUUAACAUCAUCCCUGACGAGAGUCGCUAUAUAGAAAUACUAUGCGUUUGGACCAGUUGUGCACGCGAUCGCCACUUUCCAAUAUU